GCCUACAGCAACUGAACAACUAACAACAACAUAAAUUUUAAAUUUACAUUUACAUAAUAAUAUACCAACUACCAACUUACUUGAGCUUAGACUAUCGACUUUGACUACGGGACGGGGUCUGAGUGUUUCAAUUACUUAUUGAUCAAUUGAUUGACCAAUAUUUCUUCAGUAAAACUAGGUUAUGAAUAGGUUCUGGUUAGAAUAUUACAUUAAAAGUUCAGUUCUAGUUUAAUUCCUUAUUCGUUACUUGGAAUCGGAACCAAAGAAAAAGUUAUGAUCUUAGAGCCUCUAUCUUAGAGGAUAGAGGUAAUAAUAGGGUAUAUUUCUUAAAGACUUUCUCACACCAGUGAUUGAGACAGAGUGAAAAUGUUUUCCUAUGGUAAUUCUUCAAGUUACUCUCACAAGUUUAUCAAACAAGAAGAUCCCAUCUCAGAACAAGAAAAAUACAAAAGGAAAUAUAAAUUUAUGAAAAGAGCCAUUAAAGAUGUUGUUUUUGAAAAUGCAGCAUUGUGUGAUCAAGUCACAUUGAUGGAAGAAAAAAUACUCCUUGUUAAAGAAGAAAGAAACUAUCUUCUCAAGAAAUUGCAGAUGUUCAAUGGCAUCACAGAAGGUGAGCAAAACAACUUUAGUCGAAGCAGUCCAAAUGUUGACCAUUCCAUUGGCUCUGGCACUAAGAAACCACUUAACAAGAAACGUUCUUCGGAAUCUACAGACAGCAUGAAGAGUGCAAGCAAAGCAGCUAAAAAGUCACCAGCUACGAAAAGAAAAAAAGUUCUACACACAAUUCCAUUAGAUAUCACCGGGCGGCCCAAGUUCCCUAUCAAGUUAGGAGACUUGACUGUUCACAGUUUAGGAGAGGUGUUGACAGACAGACCGGAGUAUCACACAGAUGACUUGAUAUUUCCGGUUGGUUAUUGCUCCACCCGCACCUACGGCAGUCUCAAAGACCCAGAGAAACAGUGUGUGUACACAUGUACCAUACUGGACGGUGGUACUAGCCCCAGGUUUGAGAUAGUGGCUGACUCAGACCUGAAGGUUAUCGGUGGUUACUCACUGGACGAGUGUCACGCUCAGCUGUUACAAGAGAUCAACAGAGUGGUCGGGACUGAGGUAGUCAACACUAGAGGUAGGGGUGCAGACUUCUUCGGGCUCUCACAUCCGACCAUCCACCACCUCAUUCAGAGCUCUCCGGGCGUGCGCAAAUGCCAUGGCUACGUCUGGACCAAGUUUGACCUGAGCCGAGCGUCGGAAGGUUUGGUGAUUCCAGAGCAAGACGCCGCACUCAGCUACGAGGCUCUUCUGAGAACAAUCAACUUCACUCGAACACACCUCAUCAAGCAAGAGCCUGAGGACAGUUACGGGGAAAAUAACGUGACCACUUUCCAGAAUCUACUGCUCAAUUAGCUUUGGGAAUUUCAAUUGUAUUAUGAAUUUGAAAGGAAAAGCCUAAGUGGCUGGUAAAGAGUUUUCCUAAAGGGAUGAAGAUGCUUACCUGAGAAAAAUAAGAUUCCAGGGGCUGAUAGAUUUACAAAUAAAAUAUCACGUAACGUAACACUUAUAUUACGUCCUAAUGAGUGAUAAAUAAUUACUCACAAUUAUUUAAAUUCAUUAAAAUAAAUACACUCUGGUCCUAUAUUAUGACAAUAUAUCAGUGUUAUGUUUUUGUUGAUUUUUAUUUGUGUACCUUAUCUAAGUUCUAGACUAUUUACUCAGGUAAGUUAGCUAAACUCUGUCCCUUUACAAAAACACUUGUAAUAUAAGUGUAUCAAAUGGCACAUUCAACCAACAUCAUGCAAUCACUUAUUUUAGGUUGUGUUGGAAAAUCAAUGUAAUCAAAUUGUAGGACAGUAAAAAUUAGUCCAUUUGCACUCGA